AACCAUAUAUCAGUGUAGAAAAGUUGAGUACAUCCCUCCAGUCUUGUCACACUUUAUUCACAAAUUUUUGCGGUGUGAAGGGAAACUAACAAGUGUGUAAACAGUUAAAACGCAAGAGUUCGUUUUAGUUGCCCACCCGCACUCUGUUAGAAUGGAUAGCUGCUGUUAGCUUCAGUUCCGAGGUCCUCCCAUCGUGGAAAGUUAGCAUAUCGUUUCGCUUUCUGCAUUAUUAUUUCAUUUUCCAUAACUUCGCCGUGGUCAGUCUGAUAUUUAAAGGGAGGGAGGCGGAGAGUGAAGCUUUGCGGGGUUGUGAAACAACAUGCCGGUGAGGCGUUCGGGCGGUCACGGCUAUCUGGCGAAACGCUCUGGAACGUGCAAACUCUCGUCUGGUUUCUCCAAAAUGAACGUGUCAAAAAGUGGCUACCGGGUUUUCUCCGCCAACUCCAGCGCUGCCUGCACCGAGCUGGCCAAGAAGAUAACCGAACGCUUGGGUGUGGAGUUGGGCAAGUCGGUGGUAUACCAGGAGGGAAACGCAGAGACCAGAGUGGACGUGGAGGAGUCUGUACGCGGACAAGACAUCUUCAUCAUUCAGACCAUUCCAAGGGACGUCAACACGGCCAUCAUGGAGCUGCUGAUCAUGGCGUACGCCCUGAAAACGUCCUGCGCCAAGAACAUCAUCGGGGUCAUCCCGUACUUCCCGUACAGCAAGCAGUGCAAGAUGAGGAAGAGGGGCUCCAUCGUCUGCAAGCUGCUCGCCGCCAUGUUGGCUAAAGCUGGACUGAGCCACAUCAUCACCAUGGACCUCCAUCAGAAGGAGAUCCAGGGCUUCUUCAGCUUCCCCGUUGACAACUUGAGAGCUUCCCCCUUCCUCAUCCAGUACAUUCAAGAAGAGAUCCCAGACUACAGGAACGCUAUCAUUGUUGCAAAGUCCCCGUCGGCUGCCAAGCGGGCUCAGUCCUACGCCGAGAGGCUGCGGCUCGGUCUGGCCGUGCUGCACGGCGCCGCUCCCGGUCUCGAGUCCAACGCGGGCGACGGGCUGUACUCGCCCCCGCCCAUCCGUCCCAGCGCGGGACACACCGGCCUGGAGCUUCCGUGCGGCAGCAGAUCUCGUGCGCCGUUCCCUGGGAUUGAGCUUCCAAUAAUGAUGGCCAAAGAGAAGCCACCGAUCACAGUUGUCGGAGAUGUUGGGGGAAGAAUUGCCAUCAUUGUUGAUGACAUCAUCGACGACGUGGAGGAGUUCGUCGCCGCCGCAGAGAUCCUGAAGGAGCGUGGCGCCUACAAGAUCUUCAUCAUGGCCACGCACGGCCUGCUGUCUGCCGACGCGCCCCGACUUAUUGAAGAGUCCGCCAUAGACGAGGUGGUGGUGACCAACACGGUGCCCCACGAGGUGCAGAAGCUGCAGUGUCCGAAGAUCAAAACGGUGGACGUGAGCAUGAUCCUGGCCGAGGCCAUCCGCCGCAUCCACAACGGGGAAUCCAUGGCCUACCUGUUCCGGAACAUCGCCGUGGACGACUGAGGCAACACACAAACAAAUGACACAACAGCAACCAAGCAUGAGCCCAAAUAGCGGAAGCAAUAUUUGACAUGUGUUUUACUCAUUUUCGGACGUGAUGUAUGGCAUGCGGCUUCUCACCAUCUGGCAAAUAAAACAAUUUUUCUCGGG